UACCAAGGUCUGCACUCGGAAGAGAGACCCCAGUCUUCGAAUAUAACGGAUUUCGAUCAACUACUUUGAAAUAUCGUUAAUCAAACGCGUAAGAUUCGAUCGAACGUAAAUAAUAUUCUUUAUUAUUUUAAAUAAACUCGUAUCGUACGAGUAAUAAUAAAAAGUAGAAUAUGAUAAAGCGUGUAAGUGAAAGUUUAGUGUUCGAAUAAAAGAGAAGAAGAGCAAAGAAGGAAUAGUGGAAGAAACGAAAGAAGAAUUUUUUUUACGCGUUAUUUAACGAGAGAAAGUAAUCGAUCGAGGAAAAAAGGAAUAGGAAAGAAAUAAGAUAAUGGAAAAAUUUCGACAAUGGGGUCUCAUUUGCGCGAUCAUUGCAGCAUGCACUUGCGGAGUGCGUACGGAAUGUGAAUCUCGAGGGCACAUUUCCUUAUUGACGAGCAUUCACGAUGACGCACCCUGUAAAAAGAUAUCUACGAAAGGUGUUUUGCUUUACGAGGCAGCCAAAUUAUUGACGGAAAUUCAUAACAAUAAAUCCAAUACCAUGGACAUAGAAAUAGAUGUUUUCGAUACGUGCGAUAGCAUCACUGGUGCAUUGAAAGCAGCUAUGAAAGCUUUAGUUUCAGCGGAUGUUAAUUGUUUGCAAGCGCCUCAUUAUUUGGGUAUAAUCGGUCCCGAUACUACAAUCAAUGCCGAAGCUGUUCACAAAGUAACAUCUAUAUUAAAGAUACCACACAUUGUUAGAAAAGCAUCUAACGCUCCAUAUCUUCAUCAACUCGUCUACGAAUCUGAUUCCUAUUUGGUCGAGGGAGUUUUGAAAGUCGUUCAAUUGUUGAAAUGGAAAUCGUUCACAUUAGUUGCUAACGUUGAAGAAGAAUUAGACGACGAUGUUCAAAAUAUCGCUAAGAAAUUAACUAUGCGAGCGAUUGAGAAGAACUUGUGCGUUCUCGUUCACGACGACGACGACGACGACGACGACGACGACGACAAAAAUGAAGGCUACACGUCCCACGUUGUACAUAUUGGACGACCCGACAAACGAUUUUUUAAUAAACUCGUAAAUGCAACUAUUCUUGUUGUUAGCGAAGGAAAUCUCGAUGAACAUUUGAAUGCCAUUGAUACGUCUAACACCAUAUUGCUUUUGGAAGAUUCGAGAGAAGUAUUACCUGGACUCGAAGGAAGAGUCGAUAAAUCAAAGUGGUGGCCUGGAGGAGAUGGUAUCGAUAAAUAUGACGCCGAAGCGUUAAGAGAAGUAAGAUGGCUCGAAAAUGCGAUUGAAAUUUAUAUUAAGGCAAUCGAUUUGGUUUGCAAAAAGAAAAAAUGCAAGAACCCAAUGAACUCCGUAGAUUGGAACAACAUUCUGUCGAACGUGUUGAUAUCUUAUAAUAUUGAAUCGCAGAAUGCUCCGCAGUCUCUUGAUCUCUUGAUAAAAAUGAAAGGUUCCAAAUUAGAGAAUCUUGGCAACGUGAUCGUGAAAAAGAAUUCGGCGAAAAUUCAAUGGGAAGAUGAUGAUGACGACGACGACGACGACGACGACGACGACGACGGAAAGAAUGACGAUAUACCCGAUGCAUUUGAGAAAAUCGUAUCGGAGGAAAAAGGUACUCGUUCUGGAUGUGCGACAAAGGAAAUGAAAAUGUUACACGAGAGUGAACACGACACGACUCACAUUCUUGUAUCUGAAAUGGACGAUAGCGAAUGGUGGACCAUGGUCGGUACGGUCAGCGGCGUGGGCGUUGCCAUGUUCUUCGUUGGUAUUCUAGCGGUUUAUGUCGUAUACACGAAUAUACGUGGUCCAGUACAAAAAAAUAGCAAAUCUCGGAUCGACAGAGACACGAGUUUGAGAAGAGUAGGUAGCGACAGAGAAUUACCUACGACCGUUCGUACCACGAGACAAGCUCGUGGGGCACAGAGGAGGGACAGUAACAGAAGCAUCAGAAGUAAUAUGUCCGACAAAAGUGUUUGAAACGUGAAAACGCGUUUUUUCUUUUUUUUUUUCCAACGAAAAUAAUCGAUGUUAUUUAAACUACGAUCUUUAAAUUAAGAUCGGAAUGCAAUUUUAAAUUUCUUUGUAAAAGUUGAAAAUUAAAAUGAUAUUUACAAUAGUCGGUGGGAAAUAAAAAUAUAUUACAUCGU